AUGAGACUCUUCAGAGUAACAGGACUGGAGAAAUCAGGCAAGAUCCUCUCGGUGGUCAUCCACCCAUCGGGAAAAUACCUUGCUGCUGCCACAUCCAAUGGCAGAGUCGAAGUAUGGGACGUCUCCACUUUCAAAGCAGCAGUGACAACUAACGAAAUUGCCGGGAAAUUGAAACCCCUACGGAAAUUGAAGCAUCAUGAUAAGGAUUCCCAGGUCAAUUGUGUACGGUUUGUGCCUGGCACCGACAUUUUGGUAUCGGGGGACUCUAUGGGGAAAGUGUAUUGCACCACCAAACCUUGGGAAAAAACCGCGGCGUCUGAGUUACUUCUUGACUUGUAUGACAAUAAUAACAAUAAUAAUGAUGAAUUAAAACUGCUUGGAGUACCUAAGAGACAAGCUAGUGAUGAGGAGGAUCUUAUCUCUGAUAUUGCGGUGACUGAGAGAUUGAUGGCCAUCGCGUCGCUAAACAAUAAAGUGAUAAUUUAUGAUUUCCAAGACAAGAAGUUUGUGGCGUUCCUCAAUGAAUUCCAGGCUCCAGUAAAGAGUAUGUCAUUUGAUUCUAAUAAUAACUACUUGAUGGUGAUCAGCAAUAAUAAGACCGUAUACUUAUAUCAAUACAAACUCAAACUCGUGGGAAACCUUCAGAGAUUCUAUAUCAAGAAAGUCCUCCUGCUUUCGAAAAUCCUUCAAAGAUCAUUGCUCACUGCGAAAUUCAGUCGAUUCAAUUGGUCGCCCACUGGGAAUUUGGUACCAGUUCCCAACGGCUCACGAGAAAUGGGUAAGAACAAUGCAGGGAUCACCAAUAAUAGCAAAAACUCCACCAUCAUUAACUUCAGCUCGACAAACAUCAACCAUACUUACUCUUUGAACAACGUGACCAUCAUCGCAAUGUUAUCGCCUCUCAAUAAUUUCAAAAAUAUUUCCUCAUUAGUAGGACACAAGUUUUCCAGUUUAGAAACCGUGAAAUUCAAUCCGCAAUUAUUCAAGUUUACCGAGCCUGAAGACGUCAACUCCGCGCAUACUGACACCAACAUUCAGAUCAAAAAUGACCGAUUCUACAGUGUGCUUGCCACUAGUGGGCUUGAUAAAACCCUUGUGGUAUGGUCUACCGUCAUUGAUAAACCGAUAUUUAUCAGUAAAGAUAUUGCCACUGAUACAAUCUCCGAAGUGGAUUGGACUCCAGACGGACUCGGGUUAUUUGUGGGUUCGUGCGAUGGGUCAAUCAUAUAUUUGGAUUUCGAUGAACUGGAUAUUGGUAUUAGAGCCACCAAAGAUCAAUUGAAGUUAUGUAAAAAUGAGGUGCAAAAACUUAUACCACAACUAGAAGAUCCUCCCGAAUGGAAAAAAUUGCAAGAUGACAACAAACCAGAAGAGGUGAAAAAAAUUGAAAAAGAAGGUACACCAAGUAACCAACAGGGAGGAGGAGCCUCAUCCACGGCAGAUUCAAAAAGCAAAAUAAACACUAGCUCUUCAUUAUCUACGAAUUAUAAAACCCCGGUAAUCACUAAAAAUGGGAAGAAAAGAGUUGGAACGGUCCUUGUUUCUAAUGGUGCUAGCUCCGAUCCAUUACUCAAUAGAGCCACCUCUAACAGUUUCCUGGUUCUGUCAACGAGUAAUGAAUUCGAUAGACCUUCUAAUACCGUGCCUAAAAAAAUCAUAGACAAAAAACGUUCCAGAGACUCCACUGAUAGUAAUAAUAAUAAUAACGAAGACAGAAAUAAAAAAUCAAAACAUUAUGAACCAGCGGAAUUUCUACGGUCAACAAUCAUCAAUCCUGUCACCUCAUUUGCAAAAUUACGUUUGGCAAUCCCCAAAGUUUCGCUUGAUAUAAGUUUGAAAUCCUCCAUGAACGAUUCAUUGUCACUAAAUAUCAAAAAUGGCAGCGGUAAUGAACAAAAGCCAACGAGGAUUUCGCUAAUCACCAAUGAACGCACUUUCAACUCCCAUGAUUUGCUAGGUGAAGAUCCAUUACCAGAAACAAAAGAACUUUUUGUGGACUUUGUUCCUAAAUUAGUCAACGUGAUUGCCGGAGGUGAAGGAUUGUUUUGGGCAUUGGCGUGUCUUGAUGGUACGGUGAUUGUUUAUUCCAAUGCUGGGAAACGACUCCUUCCGCCAAUAAUGUUGGGAUGCUCGCUUAGUUUCCUCGAAAGCAAAGGAGAUUACCUCUUGGCGGUGACCUCCAUUGGUGACCUCCAUGUGUGGAACAUAAAGGAAAAAUCCUGUGUGAUUCAGCCGACUAAUUUAUAUACUCUAUUUGAACCAUCCAGCAAAUACCAAGAUGAUUUGCUUGUUAAAGGAGAAGGUCUAACGUUAUGUUCUAUCAGCAAACGAGGAGUGCCACUCGUGACGUUAUCCAAUGGUAAUGGGUACUUAUACGACAAAAAUAUGGGCAGCUGGUGUUUAAUUAGUGAUUCUUGGUGGGCCCUUGGGUCGAAUUAUUGGGAUUCUAGUAGUAAUAUCUUUGGUGUCGAUUCUGGUAAUCGAUCGAUAUCUGAAAUGCUUCCUAGUGGUGGUCCUAAAAAUAAAUCUAGUGUGAUUACUCUUAUUGAAUCGAAGACUAAUGAAGAAAUCUUCAAAAAACGCAGUGCUAGUAUGUUGAAAAAACUCUCCAAAGUGAUGUUGAUGAAACAUGGGUACGAGAAUCUUGAAAGCAGUAUCUCGUUGGCUCAUCUUGAAAAUCGGAUCUUGAUUGCCGAAACUUUACAAGAAAAUCAAGAAUUCAAAGAAUUGUUGAUGUCUUAUUGUUCCAAGUUGUGUGAACUUGCAUUAAAGAAUAAGUUGAUCGAAGUAUUUCAAGAUUUAUUGGGUCCGAAGAAUCAUGUCGAAUUGAGCGAUGAUGAUGAUGAUGAUGAUGAUGAUGAUGAAAUUGAUUACAUCAAAGCAAACAAUAAAAAAAUGAGUACCGAAUGGAAUCCGGAAAUUUGUGGGUUGAAAAAACACGAUUUGCUAAAAGAUAUCAUUUUGGCAUGCGCUGGGAAUAGAGAAGUUCAAAGAAUCUUGGUUUCUUAUGGUAAAGCAAUUGGAUUACUUUCUGAUGAAAUUUUAUAA